GGCAGCGGGCGGCGCGGCCGGAGCCCGGGGCGCGCACUCGGCCCGGCCUGGGCCCAAGCAUGGCCGAGCCCCUGCUCCGAAAAACCUUCUCCCGCCUGCGGGGCCGGGAAAAACUUCCCCGGAAAAAGUCGGACGCGAAGGAGCGCGGACGACCAGCCCAGCGCCCAGAGCCCAACCCUCCUGAACCAGAGCCCCAGGCCCUCGAAGGGUCCCAGGCUGGAGCAGAGGGUCCCCCGAGCCCUGAGACAUCUCGGAGCCCUACAGGUAGGGGAGCCUACUUGCAGAGCUUGGAGCCCAGCAGCCGCAGAUGGGUGCUGAGUGGGGCCAAGCCACCUGAGGAAGCAGUUUUGGGGCCAGGAACAUCUAGCAGUGGAGAGCCUGCCGGGGAGAUCUGGUACAACCCCAUCCCUGAGGAAGACCCCAGAUCCCCAGUACCUGAGUCCUUGGGACCACAGCCAGGCUCAGCUGAGCCAGAGGGCCCUACCCACCAAGGUGCAGCCCCCGCCAGUCCCCCAACCAAAACCUCCCGCACCAAGUCCCCAGGCCCUGCCCGGCGCCUCUCCAUGAAGAUGAAGAAGCUGCCAGAGCUGCGUCGCCGCCUGAGCCUGCGAGGCCCCCGGGCGGGCAGGGAGCGGGAGAGAGCUGCUCCUGCUGGCUCUGUCAUCAGCCGAUACCACCUGGACAGCAGUGUGGGGGCCCCAAGGCGGGCAGCAGUGAUCGGGGGCACUCGGAGCCCGAAGGCUGGGUACCUCAGUGAUGGCGACUCACCAGAGCGCCCGGCAGGGCCCCCAUCACCUACCACCUUCCAGCCCUAUGAGGUGGACUCAGCAGCCCGAGCGCCCCCUGCUGCACUCUGGGGCCGCCUCAGCCUGCACCUGUACGGGCUGGGGGGACUGCGGCCAACAUCAGCGGCCACCCCAAGAGACCUCUGCUGCCUGCUGCAAGUGGAUGGAGUGGCCCGGGCCCGGACAGGGCCACUGAGAAGUGGACCAGACUUCCUUCGGCUGGACCACACCUUUCACCUGGAGCUGGAGGCAGCCCAGCUACUGCGGGCCCUAGUGCUUGCCUGGGACCCCGGUGUGAGGCGGCACAGGCCCUGUGCUCAGGGCACUGUGCUGCUGCCCACAGUCUUCCGAGGGUGCCAGGCCCAGCAGCUGGCCAUACGCUUGGAACCCCAGGGGCUGCUGUAUGCCAAACUGACCUUGUCGGAACAGCAGGAAGCACCUGCCACAGCUGAGCCCCGUGUCUUUGGGCUGCCCCUGCCGCUGCUGGUGGAGCGGGAGCAGCCCCCGGGUCAAGUGCCUCUCAUCAUUCAGAAGUGUGUUGGGCAGAUUGAGCGCCGAGGGCUGCGGGUAGUAGGGCUGUACCGUCUGUGUGGCUCAGCAGCAGUGAAGAAAGAGCUUCGGGAUGCCUUUGAGCGAGACAGUGCAGCUGUCUGCCUCUCCGAGGACCUGUACCCAGAUAUCAAUGUCAUCACGGGCAUCCUCAAGGAUUAUCUUCGAGAGUUGCCUACUCCACUCAUCACCCAGCCCCUCUAUCAGGUGGUUUUGGAGGCCAUGGCCCAAGGGCCCCCAAGCAGAGUUCACCCAAGUCCUGAAGGCACCCGCAGCCUCCUCAACUGCCUGCCAGAUGUGGAAAGGGCCACGCUAACACUUCUCCUGGACCACCUGCGCCUUGUCUCCUCCUUCCACGCCCACAACCGCAUGACUCCGCAGAACCUGGCUGUGUGCUUUGGGCCAGUGUUGCUGCCGGCGCGCCAGGCGCCCGCCCGGUCCCGCAUACGCAGCACGGGCCCAGGCCUCGCCAGCGCAGUGGACUUCAAACGGCAUAUCGAGGUGCUCCACUACCUGCUGCAGUCUUGGCCAGAUCCCCGCCGGCCCCCAGAGGCUCCGGAGGUCGCACCAUACUUGCGGCCCAAACGACAGCCACCUCUGCACUUGCCGCUAGGGGGCCCCGAAGUGGUGACUCGGCCCCGCGGCCGCGGAGGCCCAGAAAGCCCUCCCAGCAACCGCUACGCCGGCGACUGGAGCGUUUGCGGGCGGGACUUCCUACCCUGUGGGCGGGAUUUCCUGUCUGGGCCCGACUACGACCACGUGACUGGCAGCGACAGCGAGGACGACGACGACGAGGAAGCUGGCGGACCAAGGGGCGCUGCAGACUUUGAAGACGAGUUUGACGCGCCCUUCAACCCGCACCUGAAUCUCAAAGACUUUGACGCCCUCAUCCUGGACCUGGAGAGAGAACUUUCCAAGCAGAUCAACGUGUGCCUCUGAGCCCGCAGAGCGGGCGGGCCCCUGGUUACUAAGGAAGGUUCCUCGUAGCUAAGGCAGUGCCCUAAUGACCCGAGAGGCCCAGACCUGUUACUCAGGCCGAACUCCUGGUUUCUAGGGAGUUGUCAAGGUACCAACCUCUCAUGCCGAGAAUCACUCCCAGUUUCCAGCGGCCAGUAUUUGGGCACAAGUUACUGCAAAGGCCAGGCAGCAGGGAUAUUAGGGACAAGCUGUCAGAGCCAUAUUUUCUGAGCACCAGGGCUUAUCUUGCUGCCAAAAGGCAGAUUCCUGCUUGCUAGGCUGGCCUCUCUUGCCUCCCCUUUGCCAGGGAAAUACCAAUUACUGUGAGCAUCACCUGGGGUGGUUAGAAACCCCCUAGUCAGUCCUCUUGCUGCUGCCAACCAAAUCAGUAUUAGCUUUGAGCACUGCACUCCGUUUCUCCCUCCCUCAGAGGGUCCAAGGACUUAUCAUGAGGUGCUGUUGAGGGGGAUAGCCCCUAUCCUGGCUCCAGCUGGAUAGGGGUAGCCUGGGGUUUAUAAAGAGCGAGCUGGUUUCCCCACCCUCUUUUCCAGGGAAGACCCCAUGAUUGGCCUCCAACCAGCAAAUGGAGAUAACAGAGUCUGUCUCUUACCCUCCCAAGCUCCCAUUCCCCACUCCUGAAAAAAAUUGAGCACUUAACCCCUCCCUUUUGGAGGGACCCCACCUGAAGUGUCAGGUUGGGGGCACUUUGGUACGGAACAUAUUUAUUGCCUCCGUGCAUGUGUGUGUCUGUGUGUGAGGACUAGUGUGCAUGGGCCCGACUAGAGCGGGUAUGUGGGACUUUCAGGGACCACAGAGGGGAGAAGAGUUUGCAGUGCCCAGGCACCCUGAAAUCCCCAGUAAGCCAGUGGGAGAGUAAGGUACCCUUCCUGUCUCCCUCUUCUUUCCCUCACCUCCAUCUUUGUGGACAAUAAAUCAAUAUGCACAGGU